AUGCCGAAUUGGGGAGCGGGACACUCUAAAGCUGUUGAGUCGCGGCAGAAAAAGGCAGCCGUGAAAGAGGAACAAAGAGAGAAUGAACGCAAGCGUGCCGAAGAUGCUAAAUGGAAGGAUGAAGUGACGGAAGCUGUGUUUUCCAAAAAAGACCAAGCUGCAAAGCUACAAGAAAAAGCCCAGAAGAAAGCAGAAUUGAAAGCCUUGGCAGACAAAGAGGAAGCUCAAUUUGUUUCACACAAGAAGGCCAGUGAAGCUCCAGCGAAACUAACAAGAUCUCAGAUUCAGCAGAGGGCGCUCUUUGCAGCGACAAUGAGAAAAAAAGAAGAAGAAGCAGAACAAGAAGCUGCUGACGAUGUGUUCAAACUGGCGAAUCCAAAUCGACUUAGAGCAGAAGAAGAGAGAAUUGCUAGAGAGAAAGGACAAGAAUAUGUUGCAGCAUCAAGUGUUGCAGAAUUUGUUGAUCAGUUGAAUCCAGACGACGCGGAUCGAUUUCCAACAAAACGAAUGAAAGCGGGUAUGGUGAUGGUGUUGAACUCAAGAACACAACAAACUUGUUUCUAUCAGGCCUAUAACGCAUAUGAGGAAGAAUGGAUCAAUAAGUUGAAAUCAGAGAAUCCAACACUGAAGCGGUCGCAGAUGAAGGAGAGGAUUUGGAAACAGUGGCAAAAAGCUCCUGAAAAUCCAAUGAAUCAAGCUCAACCACAAUAG